AAGGAUUAAGUCUAAUGUGCUCCUUUUACAAGAGCCAGCUCCUGAGCGGAGCGUUUAAAUGAUCUUCCUAGCGUGACUCAUGACUCCUCCCUCCAGAGUGUCUAUAACAAACCAACAACUUCCUUGUAUUUUCAAUCUCUGGCCAGUCACAAUGGAGGUAAGAUCACUCUUCUGUCUGAACUAAAACAGCUUUUGCUAUUAUUAUGGCUCAUGACAAGGACUAAUCCUUCUUAUAAGUUUGAUGUGAGAUAUGAAAUGUGUUUUAAUCUGUGACAGCUUUUGUUGCUGAACAAACAGAACAUGUGGGUGUACUGAUUUCUCACGGAUGCCAAGUAUAAACCUGUAAUCUAUAACUGCAUGUCUGUGUGAGUGUUUGAGGCUUUACACUGCCUGUUUAACAAACUAACUGAACUUAUUAGAUCUAGUCAUUCAUUCAACUGAAUCUCAGUUUGGAUUGAUGAAUAAGAGAGAAAAUCUAAAGAAAAUUCCUUCAGUGUCUCCUUUUGAUAAAAAAAAUGACAUUCCAUCUUGUGCUGUGUAGCCAUAGAGAGGAUAAAUAAACAAACCUCUUCUGCCUAAUCAUCUGGCAUAUGCAGCCAGUAUCAACUAAACCUGCUUACGUUCUUCUGGCUGUAGUCUCACUCAGGCGUGAAGUUACUUUUGAGUGUUUAAACGAUAGAAAAUAAUAGACUGGAGGUGGUGUUUCAUAUCUGAAAGCAUGUUUAAGUUUUAAUAACUACUGCGCGACUUCCCAUUUCUGACAUUUUGUUAUGACACCAUAAUAACUACAGGUGAAAACUGAAAAUUAUAAAUAUGGUGCAGAGGUUUUUUCUUUUUUUUAGUAAUUAAACCUAAAAGGUGAAACUAAUAUAUGUGUUACAACCCAGGUGUCUAGGGGGCCUGGGGUAACAUGGAGGACACAUGACACAAAGGAAAAUUAACAAAGAUUUUAUUUACUUUUCUGCUUUUUUUGUCUUACUCUAGAAAAGAAACCACAGUGAAACAACCCAUUUAACCAAAACAGGCUCAAGCACUAAAAUGUAACAUAACAAAUCUCAAAAAGGUAACAGAUUACCCCUAAAGCUCAUUUCUUUUUGCUAAUCAACAUCAAAGCCCUAAGUGGGAGACAACAGACCAGAGGAAAGGCAGCUCUGCACAAUCGUCCCCAUUGGUGAGGAGCUCCAGCAGGUCCUUUAAGCAAUCCGUGGCUGAUGAAACCCGGCUCAGCUGGUGCAGGGAGGAGCAAGGGUGAGCAACCAGGCCGUAGUCUGCAGGCAUGCUCCUCAGAUGCAGCAUUAAUGAGAACACAAAAAUGCACAGAAAAUGAAAACACAACACCAAAAGGCUCCAGCCGUAACAUAUGAGAUAGACUUGUUCCAUGCCAACUGAGACGUUUAAAGCCUUUUAUUUGCUAUCAUUGUAAUGGUUAUGGCUUACAGCUUAUGAAAACCCCACAUUGUGAGACAGCAGUAGCUCAGGUUGUCCGGUAAUCUGAAGGUUGCAGGUUUGAUCCCGGCUCUGACCAGAGAAUGCUGCUGUUGUGUCUGUGGGCAAGACACUUAACCCGCCUACAGGUGCUGGUUGUAGGCAGAGAUGGAAAGUAACAAAUUACAUUUACUCAUGUUACUGUAAUUGAGUAGCUUUUUUGUAAAUUUAUACUUUUUAAGUCGUUUUCAAAAGCUGUACUUUUACUUUUACUUGAGAAAGUUUUUAAAAAAGAAUUGUAAUUCGCUACAUUUUAAAUCAUAUUCGUUACUGAGUAAAAAUAAAUUAUAGGCUUAAUAAAUAAAAAAUAUUACGUGUAGCAGCGUUGGAACGGAAAGAGACACCUGCAUGAGCGCCGCGUCUAAAUCGUGGGGGGUGUGGGUGUACACUUUAGCUCAAAGACGUCAGUUCAGUUCCUCAACUCGCUGUUUACCUCCUCUCUCCCUCCUCUCCUGUGGGUUGGAUCCCGCACCUUCGUGCACCGGUGUGACGUCAUCAGAAAUCUGCUUGGUUCGGUAGCCGGACUCGGUUCCGUGUUUGAAUUGUGUUUCUCUACUGCUCCGCACGGCAGCGGCAAAAUAACGUUUAGCGCUCAUAACAAGUGGAUUCUCAGCGCUCUGCUCAUAAAACAGAAGACCUGCAGGCCUCCGUGAGUUAAAACAUCCUGAUACUGUUUCAGGUGUAAACAUUGUGCUCCAUCCCUGUGUUUGAACUCAGAAGUUGCUUCUUGAUGCCACAGAUUUGUGAUCAUUUAUCUUGUUUCUUUAUUUUACUCCAGAAUAAGAGAUUAAAUUAUUACUAAAGCAGUUCAAUAUAGCUAGUCAUUCAAAUGAUUCUAACAUGCUGCAGUGUGUGUGUGUGUGUGUGCGCGCGUGUGUGUGCGUGUGUGUGUGUGCGUGUGUGUGUGUGUGUGUGUGCGUGUGUGUGUGUGUGUGCGUGCGUGUGUGCGUGCGUGCGUGUGUGUGUGUGUGUGUGUGUGUGUGUGUGUGUGUGUGUGUGUAUGUGUGUGUGCGUGUGUGUGUGUGUGUGUGUGUGUGUGUGUGUGUGUGUGUGUGUGUGUGUGUGUGUGUGUGUGUGUGUGUGUGUGUGUGUUACACAUAUAGGACUGCAUGAGACAGCGUGGUUUCAUCAAAUCCAUGCAGUCCUAUAUCUUGGCUGAAGUAACGGCUCAGGAAAAUAACAUAUUUCAUACAUAAUGACGUCUCUGCAGUGUUUAUGAUAAUAUUUUAUCUUUGGUCUGGGAGGUGUAACUUAUCAUGAUACAAGCCUUUUAAAACAUGUUAAAGUGUUACAAGAGGAGCUAAAUGCAUGAAUUUGAAGUUCAUGUUUGGAGACCAACCUUCACUGUUUGGAAGCUCACGCUGGUGAGGAGACACCAUUAGUUCUAGUAACACCUGGGCUCCCAAGGCCUGUUCUGACAGGAUGGAUGUUACUGGACCCUUAAGGAUUCCAGUUGGACGAUUGGAGGAUUAUUUAGGAGGAUGGGAAUGAACAAACUGAUUUCAGUGGCGAAGGGUUAAAUGAGUGAGUGAACCCACCAUCAAGGAUGAACUCUGCUAACUUUAAAAAUCAGCUGCUCUAAAUAAGCAUGAAGGUCAGAGAGGAGCUCUAGGAUGGACAUGAAUAAAGGAACUGUAAUGUAGAGGUAAAGUAGGGCAGGGCCAACGUUAGCAGCUGUCAUACGGUCCAUCUGAAAUGUUUGACUUCAUUUGGCUUGUUAUAUUAUGUGACAGGUUAGAGCACAGUCUCAUGUUAGAGUUUUGUCAUGAAAACAUUGAGAUACCUCACACACUGAUGGCAUCUUAAAAAAUUAUUUUUUCUCAAAAUAAAGAAUAAUUUUAACCACAAUUGAAACUUACCAUCCUAGAAAAACCUAGUCCAAGCAAUGUGCACGUCCUGUUCUCACUAAUUGGAUAGAAAUCCCUCCUUCAAGCUGAGUGUGUGUGUAUGUGUGUGCACACACACACGAGCGAAUUGUGAACUGGCGUUGUGAUUUAGCACUACUUAGAUGUAGCCAUCCUUACGCUGACAAAAAUGUAACUAAGUAACUUUCACUUUGAGUACAUUUUGUUUACGAUACUUUUUACUUUUACUUAAGUAAAAAUUUAGGCAAGUACUUUUUCUUGUAAUUGAGUAAAAAAUUAUCAAAGUAUUGGUACUUGUACUUAAGUAGGAAAUUUUAGUAGUCUUUCCACCUCUGGUUGUAGGGACUAGCGGUGCCAGUGUUUGGCAGGCCUCAGCUCUGUCAGUGAACCCCAGGACAGCUGUGGCUACACUGUAACUCAUCCCCCACCAGAGAGUGAAUGUGUUUGAAUGGGUGUUGGGAAGCACCUCGGGGGGUUGUAGAACCCUAAGAAGGCGGUGUACAAAUACAGACCAUUUAAAAUCUCAGAAACCUUAAAAUAUUACAUGAAAUCAUAUUCCAAGUUUUUGAGUUUCCUCUGUUUUUCUAACAGAUUCACUCAUAAAACACUAUCUGAUCAGACACGUGGUCUUUGUUCUACUGGGAUAUGUUUACUAUCUAACAUCAUCAUACUAGAUUAGAAUAAGCCUUUAUUAUUCCAUGAAUGAGAAAUUGAAGUGUUACACAGCCCUUAUAACAAAAGGACUAUAGAUAAAGAAGACACAAAAAUAGCUCUAUAUACUUAGCAAGUAAACCAAAACAAUGUGUAUAUACAAAAAAUAUUAUUAAUAUAGUUAAUAUAGUUAUGAUGCGAUUAUGUGAUUAUUCUAACAUAACACACUAUUAAUAAAUAUGAGUAUGAAUUGAUAGUUAACACAGCUGUUUUAUCCUCUAGUAAAGAAAAUCAUUGGAUACUUAUAUACAUAAAAAUUAUACAAAUGUGUACUUUUCCAACAAAAUGCACACAAUUACUAAUUAUAUGAGGCCAAUUGCAGGCUGUGGCUUCCGUUUUACUUGUUCUUAAUCAGCAGUGAAAUGUAUUUUUAAUUGCUGCGCACACCUACAACCGACCCCACUGUGCAAAGACAUCCUACAGACGUUGUCUGGACUGACAGACUCGAUACAGACAUGAUCUGCACAGCCAUGUGAUGCUGACUGUUUGUAGGGACUAUCCCAAUUACAGACAGCUGACCUUAGAUAACCUUGUCCCAUAAGGAUUUCCCAGUUGUGGUUACAGCCCCCCCCCCCCAAAAAAAAGUGGAUGGCAGCAACCUGAACUGACCAUGCAAGAGUUUGAGCUGAAUCUGACAGGAUUAGUCUGGUCUUGUUCACUGACCUGGCCUGUUGGGUGAUGACUCUCAGCCACUGUCACCUUAAUUUAGAGGUCAUUGUUGUUAUUUAUAAAUUGACUGGUAGAAACAGGCUGUUGGUAAUGGUCAGAUACACUGUAAGAAACAAAAUGUUGAAUUUACUUGACCAAGUCGUGUCAACUGGUUCCACUAAAGCUAUUUGCUUAAAUAUAAAGAAUAAUAUUCAUUUGUAUGUUGGUUUGUUAAAAGUAAAUGUAUAUUACUCUUUACAUUUAAGCAAAUGUUUAUUGGAAUCAGUUGACAUAACUUGGUUUCUGUCAGUGCGCCCCAGAGCAGCUGUGGCUACAACGUAGCUCAUCACCACCAGCGUGUGAAUGUGUGUGUGAAUGGAUGAAUGAUAGUCUGUAGUGUAAAGCGCUUUGGAGUCCUUACUCUGAGAGGUGCUACACAAGUGCGGGUGCGGGUCAUUAAAUGUUGAAUGUGGAACAAUUUAAUAAAAAGCUUUUUUUUUCAAAUAACACCUCCACAGGGUGUUUAGAAGUGUGCAGAAUGAAGGUACAGUAUUUCCUUUCAAAUCGAUGUUUUAGUUUAAAAAUGAUCAAAUAUUUAUUUUAACGGGCACACCACUAAGUUUAUGUUUACAUCUACAAGCCACUAGAGGGCACCAUUGCAGGUUACCAAACAGUCUGCUCGAAACAGCGAGGCUGGAAAAUGGCGGACUCAGCAAGUCAAGCAGCUACUUCUGAGCCCAGAAGAUGUUGUUAUCCUUCUCAGAAGAGGAGCGACCAUAAAAGAUCUAGAGCCAGAGUGAGUUUAGGUGAAGCCUACAAUAGAUGAUCCCAAACAAAAAUGUUUACAUGUCGGCAGCGAACCUGGUAUCCUGACGGUUGGAAACCUCAUUCUAUUGUUGCAGCUACAACCUCCACACACUAGAUGUCGCUUUGGUGUUCGUGUUCCAUCCUCCUUCUUUGAGAUAAUUCAGCAUUGCAUUUCUUAGAGUGCAAAUAUUGAGUUCUAACUUGCAAAAGAUGUUGCACUUAAGAAUUUCAUCAAAAUGGUUAUUACUCAGUUUUUAACAGUAAAUCGUCCAAAAAUUCAAAAGGCUGUAUUUAACAUGGACUGUUUUCAAGGAAACCUUGUAAUUUAUGUGAUGUAAAAAUCUGUCGAAUUUAGUAAUAAAUCAGUCCACGAGCACAAAAAACUACACACAGCCGACUUGGGUGUGUGUUCAUGCAUGAGUUUGAUGGUAAUCAGAAGCCUCAGGUGUUAUGAGUCAGAACAACGAUUCUUUGGUUUCACAUAAAAUCUUACCUGCUCUUCAAAUUCAGGCCUAAACAUUUUAUUACCUACUUUUUAUCUGUUUCAUAUUUCUAGUGGCAUCUCACCUGACACUAAAACUAAUUUGUGCUGCCCUUCGACCGUAGUGCAGCCCCCUGGGAAUCGCCUGUCUAUGUUUCUCUUUUGACACAUCGUUGUCAUAUGUCAAAGAAACAUCCAUAUAUGUAUCAUUGUGUUGCUGCUUCUUCCUGAGUGUUGUUACUUUAUGAUGUCUAGAAUAAAACCUGAAUGAUAAAGAAUUAUCAUGUAGGCUUCAAAUAGCCUACAUCUCUGUAGGCAUCCGACACAUUUCAAGCUGCAAAUAUUGUUUUAAACAUUUCCUCUGAUUUAAAAAAAAUCUUAUAACCAACAUAAUAAAAAAAUGUUGAUUAUCUCUCUCCUCAUUCCUGAGUGUUGUACAUAAAGUAAACGCUUUAGAGAAAAGAGGGGAUGUUUUUAAUCUGUGUGGGAAUUUCCUGAGAUGUGAUGGAAGAGAAGAAAAGACAGACAGAAAGGGAAUGUUGUUGUUUUAAAUGAUUACACCUGAAGUAAACAGCUGUUUGGAGAAUAAUACACAGCACAGAAACUAAAAGUAAACAUAUACUUAACUAAAUGUCAGUAUUUGGCAUUAUUUUGCUUCCAAAAUGAAAAAAGGAGAACUAAAUGUCAGCAUUCGCCUGUACAGGUUCGUCAGCAUUCACCUGUAGAGGUUCGUCAACAACACAACCCGAAGAUAAAGAGAGUCUGUUCAAUCUGAUGGGAAUUUGCUUUAGUGUUGUGGUUUCUGGGAAAACUUUGGGUGUGUCAUUUUCAGAUGAGAAAUCCUUCUUCAUCUUUCAGGAUGAUACUGAGAAAGACGUCAGACAUUUCAAAUAAGUAAUUUCUUAUGCCUUCAUGUGAUCUUUCAAGAUCUAACUCAGGUAAAAGAAGCGUUACAAAGAGGACUGGUUAAUUAUUCUUGUAUGAUCAGGAGGGAAUAACGAAUGAUCUAGAUUUCAAAUGCAGCUUCACUAAAACUCAUUUUUCAUCCUUCUUAUCAUUAAUACAAUAUUUUAAUUGUCAUUUUCCUGAUAAUUCUGAAGUUUUCUUUUUGAAAAGUUACUCUAAAUGUAAUCACUCAUGCUUGACUUAGCCUGUUGUUCAGUGAAAUCAGGAAAUAAUAAUUCUGCUUUUGUUUUUUCAACAGGCAUCAAGUCUUCGUCUUCUAAAACCAACACAUCCAAUUCUUAUUUUGAUUCUCAUCAACGUCAUUACAGCUGAAGCACCUGUAUAUCUAUUCGGAACCUCUCAACCUCACACACCAACUCAGGCUCCUUCCCCACCAGAGAGGUGACAUUCCAUGUGCCAAGAGCCAAAUACAAAAAGAUGUCCUACAGAAUUUGAAGGUGUUGUUGGUGGAAAUGUAACCUUUUGUUUCAAAGUUUAUUGGCCAAAAAUUGAGUUUCUAUAUCUACAAAGGACAUUACAUGGUACAGAAACGUUUGUCAAUGGAUUUCAUGCUUCAAAAUCUGUGACAUCAACAUGGCCAAACACAAAAACGACAACAAACAAAGAAAUCAUCAUGUCUGGGCUGAACGUCUCACAUGAAGGGGAGUAUUAUUGCUAUUAUAGAUACAACGAUACUACAGACCAGAUGUCUUUUCAGCUACAACUUACAAUCACAGCUCCCUUCAGUAAGCCUUCAGUGACAAAAACAUGUGGAAAGAAGGACGUCGACUGCAACAUCACAUGUGCAUCGCAUAAUGGGUACCCACGCCAAACCAUAACAUGGCAGACUAGCAGUAAUGUGUGGAAUCAUGUGGACAAUGAGAAACAGUGUCCAACUACAAAGAUGUUUAACAUCUCCAGCACUUUUUACACCAACUGUUCUGGUGGAGAAGUGAAUGUCAGCUGCUCUGUGGGCAACAACAUCUCGGAUACCAUCACCCUGUGUGGUUCCCAGGCUGGCCCUCUCAGUAAUAUUAUGAUUAUUAUUAUCAUUACUAUUUCAGCAGCAACAGGUAUAUUAGUGACUGUAAUUGCGACAAAAAGGUGCUGGGGCUGCAAGAGACAAAAGCAAGGAGCAGCGGUGAAAAACAAGGGGGCACAGGAAGAUCUUAUGGAGGAAAUUCGUCUCACUGAAAGCAAGGAGACUGUGUCGACACUAUGAAUACCAAACACUUAUAAAAAUUGCUACUUGAACAGACAUCCUUGAAUCCAGGAUAUCUAACAUUUGUCACUUAGAUGUAUAUUACAUGAGUGACGUACUGGUCAGGGUUGAUCAGCAGAGUUGUGGACGACAUGCCUGCUACACUUCUGAGUGUUUAAGAAAGUAUUUUGUUGGUGAAGUUCAACACGUCACUGAACUCAGGGUGGUUAAAUCUUCCAUGGAAAGGACUUUCCUGGUGGUUUGUGUUGAGAAGGUGGAUGUAUAACGGAAAAUGCCUCCAAGGGGAACUCCUCUGAUCAGCUGACGGACGCUAGUUUCGAGAAAAAGAAGUUAAAGCUGUCUGUGAAACUUUAUAGUUUUAUAUUUAUCACUGCUCGUCCAGUGCAACAUGUAAACAUUCUGUCAUGGCGUUAUUUAGCAUGGAACAUUUCUACAUAUCAUAGCCACCAUGACAGGGCACUGAGGGCGGUAAAGUGAGAGCUUGUUAUUAUUAAUAUUAUUUAUUUAUCUAUCAUGUCUUUGUUUAAGUUAAAGUUUUUAAAUAAUUAGUUACAACAUGUUUGCAAUGUGAAUAAAGAAAAUGUGGAUCUUAGUCUCAUUUUUAAAUUUUGGUUAUGUUUGCUUUAACUAUGCACAAGAUUUUUAUUAUAUAAAGUACAACAGAAACGUCUGUUUAAGAUGAAAACAGUGUUGGUUUCAUUAUUAAAUGUGUGAAAUAAAGUUUGUGACUUUCUAAUAAAGAAAGAAGUUCAACUGUUUACACUAUUUUGGGGGAACAUUUUGAUAUUUCUCCUCAGAUGUAGCCUCCCCAACUGAGUUUCAUUUCCUGAAACCCUAUGAAACAGUUUUCCCUUGUUGUUUAUUGCUCUUAUUGAUUUGACAUUUUCAAUCCUGUUUGUAUUUUUAAUGCUGCACUAAAACCUGAAAAAUACACACUGAACUGAACUGUUUUCAGAGUAAAAGUUUGUUUUUUCAUGUUGAAAACUUCUGAUCUGUACCAUUUCACUGAAACGAAACAUAAACAAUUGUAUAUGUAUCCGUAUGUAAAUAAAUCUUGUUAUUGUUUUUCA